AUGCUGCGACGACAGGCGACGGCGCAGCCCGCCCACACGCCCUACGGAGCCGUCCUCGCAGAACUGGUCCGCGAACUCCAUCCUCGUCCCGCGCCUGGCUUUCGCGGGCGGGUCUACGCCCUCGACGCCUUGACUGCAGGGGACAUCGCCCUCGCCCUCGCCUACCUCGCCCUUCUCCUCUCACGCAAGGGGUCGAAAGGCGGAACCUCCCGACGGCUCAUACGGAGGGUCCAGAUAGCGACCGGCACCCUCCUCAUCGUCGACUCACACCUCCUCCUCACAAGCACGACAAUCGCAACGGGCGUUUUCUCUCUCGCUUCGCUCGGCUCACUCUCAACAUUCGGACACACAGGCAUGGCCGCCUCGUUCGGCUUGCGCGCGAUGUCGAUCGUCCCGCUGUUUGUGCAGGCAUGGGGCUUGCUUUGGAGCGCGUUGCAGGGCUUGUGGGUGGCGAUGUCGCAGGGUAGUGCAGGGGGACAUCCCUCGGCGAAAGCGGCGAACGUUGUCUUUCUCGCUGUUGGAGGAUGCGUCUGCUUGGCGGGACUUGGCGCCGGUCUGUUCGCCGCCGUCGCAGGCCACAAUCUCUACUCCGCCUUCUUCUCCCUCCGCACAACCCUCACCGCCCUCGAGUCCUCCUCCACAACUCCAUCAAUUGCUGUCAUGCUGCGGCUCGCACCGGGCUUGUCCGUCUUGCGGAGGCGGACGAAAGACUUGCGAGCGGCGAUGUUGGCGACUUAUUCAGUCGUCUUCCUCAUGACCCUCGUUGUCCUUGCCACCUGCGCCUACGGCCUCUACGUCCACUCCACCGCCUCACGCCCCUCCAUUCCCGCCGUCCAGCUCCCGCUCACUCCCCCCGCUGUCGACCCCAAGACUGGCACGAGCAAGAAUACUUUCAUCGAGGAUGUGGACGGGUUGGAUGUGAGGAUGGGAGAGGAGGAGGAAGUGUGGAGGUUCAGGAAAGCGAAGGACGACUUGUUACUCGUCUGCGUCUUGGUUGGCAUCCUGUCAGCGACGAUGGCCGGCCUCGGCGCCUUCUCCGUCUUCCUCUCCUUCUCCGGCCGGAUCUUCCAAUCCAACGGCGCGCUCUUCGAAAUCGCCCACCUCUCAUUCUCCUACCUCUACGCUCUAGUCCAACUCCUCCUCUUCACUUUCCUCCUGCACGACUCGUUCCUUGCCCCUUCUUCCGACUCAGCUGCGGAAGAAGUCGAGUUGGCACUCAAGCCGAGGAGGGUCGCCGCUUCGUGUCGUGUCAUCAGGCAGGUCCGCUGGCUGGCGAGGCGGAUCGCGAGCAGGAGAAGGGAGGGAACGCACGUACCGGUGCGGCAAGACAGCGGGUCGAGCGGCAGCGACUCUUUCUCCACCGACUCGCAGGAGAUGGCGCAACAGGAGGUGAAGGGGGAGAAGAGCGUCGUCGGGGCGAGGAGGUCGUUCGAGGAGGCGAUUGAGAGCGUGCCGAGGGUUCGGUAUAGGGCUGGGACGGUGGUGGUCUGA